CGGCCCCUCAGCGAGCUCGCACCCAGGGCCGGGCCGCCCUGGCCGUGAAGGAAGCGGAAACCCCCAGCAGGAGGCCUGGGGCGGAGCCGCUCCGUGCACCGCGAUCGCGGACGGGGCCCGGCCGGCGCCAUGGUGCAGCUCGGCAGCCGGCUCCUGAAGGGCUACCGGGGCGGCCACGUCGUGAUCCGUUUGGCCCUCGGCGGCUGCACCAACCGCCCCUUCUACCGCAUCGUGGCGGCGCACAGCCGGCGAGCCCGGGACGGCAAAUACCUGGAGCAGCUGGGCUGCCUCGACCCCCUGCCCAACGCCCGGGGCGAGAAGGUGGCGGGGCUCAACCUGGAGAGGCUGCGGCACUGGCUGGGCUGCGGGGCGCAGCUCUCCCGGCCGGCCGAGAAGCUCCUGGGGCUGGCGGGGUUCCUGCCGCUGCACCCCAUGACGGUGACGGGCGCCGAGAGGUUGCGGAGGCGGCAGAGAGCGCAGGAGGCCGCCGUGCCCACCCCUGUGGUGGGCGGCUCGCAGGAGCACGGAGAGACGGCCUGAGGGGGGCCCCGACCCCCAGGUGUGUCACCGAGGGGGUCCCGGGGCUGUGGGGGUCGGGCCCGGGGUGCGGUGCAUGCCCUCCCCCCCAUGCACACACCCUGGCAUGUCUGACUGCAUUAAAGUGGCAUCCGUGCAUGUGCUGUGCUCUCCGGACUCGUGACUGUUCCUGUCACCAUUACAAAAAGCCAUUUCUAGUUGCUGCACCUCAACUAUAAAGUAAGCAAUGCUGCCUUUU